CGGUAAAUAAAGUACGUUCUACAGACAGUUAAGAAACGUGUAUUUUACAACAGGGUCGACGAGGUCACAGACAGGGUUAUUCAUAUACAUGUAUAUAAGGUAUGCACACAUCGCGUAACGAUAAUCGCGUUAGCCUGGAAUUUCCAAUUAGUAUCACAACGCGCUGCUGCAGCACUAGGUUUCCUCUCGAUGCAUAUAGACUGCAGAAGAGUCGCGCGACUGGAGACCAAAGCGCGAUUCAGCCCGCAAACAGGAACAUAAGAAGAUAAAGUCUUGAAGAAUAAUUCGUCUUUAUUGGCAUUGAAGCGUGCCAAUUCGGCCAAUGUCAAUCAAAACAAUGUUUACUGGGUGGAUGGUCCUCGCUGCACUGCGCGCUUUUUUUCUCUUCUUCUUCUUCUUCUUCUUCUUCUUCUUCUUCUUCGAGAUCGAAUUCAAUCCUCGGCUCUUCGAUCGUGUAACCGCCUGAAAAGUCGAAACGGCACUUUGACCCGCGAAACGUCGUUCGCGCGAUUUUUUACAAACUUCCUCACAUGGCUGCACCCGUCGGACAUCCCCGCGUCACAUCGGGAUUCACAUUUCAUUCACAUGGGGGUGCGACAUAUAGUUAUUCAAACUCGGACUGCACAUCAGGUUUUUUUUCUUUUUUUUUUUUUUGUCAAACGGGGAUAUAACUGUUUUUCGGGUGCAAGUCGUGCAAGAGGAGCAGCUCAGCCUUCGGCCAGUUUUACCUUACGUAUCAAUCGUAUCGAAUUUUAUUCACCUCCUCGAUAAAGUCGUCGCUCUAGAGCACUGUCAUCCACAUAGUACUUCCUCCGAGGCACACACGCACACUUCUAUCCGAGCGAAAAGCUGAUAAGCAGCAGUAGCAGCAGCAGCAGCGGCAGUCGAGACACGGAUGAGAUGAAAAAAAGGGACGAUCUUCGAGGGGUACACCCCACUGUGGUCCCUGCGAGCGCGAGAGAAGUAUGGCUUUGCGGUGCAUGGCCGCGCGUGUCUGCGCUCUCGCGAAUUGGCAAGUGGCCACGCGCUAACUCGAUUAAUUAAAGUUGUGUAACGCGCUGUUUAACUCGGCGGCGGGUGGAUGGCUCUCUCUCUCUCUCUCUCUCUCGUUCGCGUAGCUUCGCAGAGAUGGAGACUCGAGCGACGUUUGCCUGCGUUAGCUAUUCGGCGUAGCUUCGUUUUUUCCUCUCUCUCUCUCUUGCCAGAACAUCUGUUUGCGGAUAGACGAGAGCCGGUGACGAGGGCCGCGCGAUGAUCGACCAAAUUCUAGCUUUGAUUUUCUAAAUAGCUGAGGCAGCGUUACGAGAUUCUUUCCUGCCAGGCUAUACGUGUACGAUGAUGGAGGAAGUGACGUUACAGGGCUAUCGACGCGUUGACGUGUAUAUGAUCAUCCGAAUGGGCGGAAGAUCGCGAUGAGAUUGGUGUAUACUCAUACUUCAGAUUUCUGAGGAUUACGUACGCCUCGCGCGGUAUUAUGUAAAAGUAUGUAUAAUUAUUGCAUAUAAGCAGUGCGCGCGGAACUCUAUAGACCGCUUCGAGCGACAUCUCGUCGAGGAUGACGAUUAAUCAAUUAUUCUAAAGUAUAGCCAGCGAGCGAUAAUGCAUCUAAAAAUACAGUUUUGUCGCGGCGAAAGUACUUGGAUCGGUUGGUACGAAUUUUUUCAACGGCUGAACCAUCAUUCCACGCGCGUAAAUUCGGAUUGGUUUUCCGUUGUUGAACGCAAUAUUCGUGGUAUUGAUAAAAGCGUUUUCUCGUCAUUAUUGCGACGAGUCGCAGAAAACGGCAUACGGCAACAAUAUAAUAUCAAUGUAGCAUUCUGCGCUUCGGUUAACCGCUUACUAUCUCGAAGAAAAUUAAAAACCGUUUGGAGGAAAAAAAGCAGCGAACAAGUAAUCAAAAUAAUAUCGAUGCAUUCGAUCUGAAUAUAGAUAUUUUUUAAAACGACCGCACAACUGUGCAGUAUAUAUUAUAACAGCUGUAUAAACGAGGCAAAAAUUACUAACUCGUUGAAAAAUAAUUUGUACAUUCAUUAACUCUUCGCUAAUUGAACGAUAAGCUUUCAGUACCACGAUUAAACGCGUCGCUUACUCCCGAUAAAUUUAAAAAUCGAUUAGAUUGUGCCUGGGUCUGUAUCUCCGCACGAUCUGUUUGAAGAAAAAAGCCUCGAAUUCUUCUCUGCGCGCGCGAGUAUAUAGUGCACGUUUCGAUCGAAUUGUUCGUAGUGCAAAAACCGGGAACUUUCUAGCCUGCAAUAGCCUAUAUACAUACACACACACACACACAGUGUGACAGGCCUCUUAUAAAUAAUCCCAUUGUGAAACGCAACGCAAUCCCAAGCCGCGCGUGUAUCCGCAGAGCACUGUAAACAUUAUCGGCAAACUUUGCUAUAAACUCGUUCCAUCAUCAGCUUCUUAUAUAACAAUAAAGCGCUUUAUUAUAGUAGAAAAAUCGUCGCGAUAGCCGUCUUUAAUUAAAAAGAGCCGCAUAUUGUAGAUAACCGCUCGCGCCACUAUAUAUAUAUAUAUACUCCGCAAUUGCAUUAUUUCCCAAGAACUCGUCGCAUCAGCCCGGUCGAAAAUAGAAUUUCGUCCUAAUGCUUUGCAUCAUUAGAAGGCAGAGAGAGAGAGAGAGAGAGAGAGAGAGAGAGAGAGAGAAAGAGCUCCGGCGCAAAAAAGCGCGUCGCAAUAGUUAUAUUAAAAGCGUAAUACGGUUCUCUCCCGCAGGCGCGCUCGCGCGCAUUUAAAAAAUUCCAAGAAGCAACUGCGAGCGACUCAGUGUAGUGCGUCGGCGCGCUAUCGAUUCUGCAUAGCAGCAGGAGUGUGUAACUGUAGCGGAGUUGCAACGCAGAACUGUGCGCGGAAAAUCGCCUCCUCGGCGCCCGAGUCUGUCUUUUUUCCAAGCGAGGAGCGCUGUAUAGUGUCGUCUUUGUCGCUGCUAUACUGCACGCACACUUGCGGGAGCGCGCGAGCGCGCGCGCUCGAAGCAGUGACUCGUCGUCGGUGCGAGAGAAUAUAAAAGGCAGCGCGCGGCCGCCAUAGUGCGCACUUUAUUCCCCCUAUAGCGCGACGCAGUAGUGGUCGAGUGAGAGAGCGAGUGCAGUGAGCGAGAGAGAGGCAGCGUUGAGCAGUGCGCGAAUAUAAAGUGAGGUUAAGUCAGUAUCAGCAGCAGUAGCGAAGAGGACACAGUGUCUUGUAGAGUGGCUCGAGAGACAAAAGGUCGGGCCGAUUGAAUGGACAGCGAGAUAUAGUACAUAGGUGCCGCGCGUCGUAAUCUCGCGUCUCGCGUGCGAAAAAGGAGGGCCUCUUAUCUCUCUUUCUCUCUCUCUCUCUCUCUGGCUCUUGUGCCGUCUGCAUGAAGGCGGGCUGGGGCUCGGGACAGGCAGCAGCAGACUGGCCAGCGGCGGGAUGAAAUAAUAAGCGAGGCGUGCUAGCAAUUCAUCGCCUCCUCGUCGCCGAAGGCUUAACGCACGAGCGUCCGCACUCAGUCCUCAGUGUAGGCUAGUCGGUCGCCGAGUGGUCGCGCGGCUACGCACACGUCUUCAAAGGCUUUCUCUCUCUCUCUCUUCACCUGAUUAUACCCGCAGCUUAUCUCGCCUCUGGUGCGGCUGUUGUUGUCGGCCGAGCAUUUCCCCGCAGUGCCAGUUUUUCGGAUCGAUCCCUCGCGCGAGAUUGUCGAGAGCAAGCACCGUUGUUAUUGUUGUGAGAGCCAGCUGCAGCAGCGCCCUAUACACGGCCUAAACUCUGACGUUUUCGAACGCAACGUGUUCGGACAAGGGCUGCGGACUUGGAGAUCGUGAGAUCAAUGAGAGGCUCAAUGUUCGUCGCAGCUUCGACAGCAGGAGACAUCGCCAGCCCAGCAUCCGAUUCCGGAUCGGUCAAUCGCUAGCAACAGCACUGGAUUCGGUGGAGAAGGAGAGAGGAAAAAAAAAGCAGAGAGAAUUCUCGGGCCGCCGAUAAGAGAAGCGCUAAUCUGGAAUAGAAAAGAGCGAUCGAAUAAGUACAUUGUUAUCGUCGAGCAGUCCGGCGUUGUAUACACACACCCACACACACAUAGAGUAGCGGCGGCGGCGGCGGCGGCGGCAGCAGCAGCAGCAGACACUAGAGAGGACUGAAGAUGGCGGCGAGCGGUUGUCUGAGCAACUGCACGCGACCGGGCAUCUUCGAGCACGAGUGGACGGCCGAUGAGCUCUGGGCACCAUGGAACGUCCUGGCCGACUACUUUGAGUACCAGCCAUGGUUCUUCUCGCUGCUCGGAAGUGCCAUGGUCGGACUGUCCGGAGUGUUUCCACUGCUGGUCAUACCCAUCGACGAGGCUGCCGAUCUCAAGCACGGAGACAGCGCGAAGACGUUGAAGAUCCUGCUGAGCUUCGCAGUUGGUGGACUUCUGGGGGACGUGUUUCUGCACCUGCUACCCGAGGCCUGGGAGAAUCAUGCAGCAGCAAACACAGCGAAAGGCAGAAGCGUCAAUCAUGCCUCGAUGGGAUGCGGCCUCUGGGUACUGGCCGGUUUCCUCGUCUUCGUCGUCGCCGAGAAGAUGUUCAGCGGCGUUGGCAAUCCUGACGACGAAGACGACAACGCAGAGGAGAAGGAACGCGAGAACGAACCCGUCGCCACGAUGGUCCCCAAAAAGACCAAAAAGCUGGAGAACAACAACUGCGAUGGCCAACUGGCCGUUUGUCUGAAGCUGGGGAAGAACGGAUUCGCCAACGGCGAUGUGACGAAGAUCAAUGGCCUCAAGAACGGACUGAGGAAGGUCAAUGGAAUCGACUACAAGAAGUGCAACGGCUACGCGAACGGCUUUGCCAAGAGUAACGGAGCGAAGAAUGGAUUCUGCGCCGAUGCACCUGAUCAACAGCUGAGCGAGAGGCCCAAGCCGAAGCACGUCAUCGGCUACCUCAACCUCGUGGCCAACUGCGUGGACAACUUCACGCACGGUCUCGCUGUCGGAGGCUCCUUCCUCGUCUCCUUCCGACUGGGUGCCCUCACGACCUUCGCUAUACUCAUCCACGAGAUCCCCCACGAGAUCGGCGACUUUGCCAUCCUGUUGAAGAGCGGCUUCAACCGGUGGGACGCUGCCAAGGCGCAGCUGAUGACUGCUACCGGCGGCAUGUGCGGGGCAUUUGUCGCCGUCGUUUUCUCCGGCGACGCUGUCGAAUCGAGGACGAGUUGGAUACUUCCAUUCACCGCGGGCGGCUUUCUGCACAUAGGACUGGUGACAGUGCUGCCGGAGCUGCUGAAGGAGACCGAUCCGUGGGAAUCGCUGAAGCAGAUCGGCGCCUUACUUAGCGGCAUCAGCGUCAUGGCUUUCCUCACGAUUAUGUGCGACUAGAAACUGCGCGAGAGCGUGAUCGAGAUUCGAUUCGGAAGAAAAGUUUUGUUGGAAAGCGCAGCAGGAUUGCUCUUUGCUAGAAGCACUCUUUGUAAUAUAUAUUUUUUUAACCUCGCAAUUUUGUUUUUCUAUAUAUAUACGAGAGCAGAGUUAGAUGAUAAUGAUGAUGGUGACUUGACGAUAUACUCUCUUCUUUUCGCUCUCAACAAAGUAUUUCUUCCUACCCCUGUGAUCAGUCAGCGAGAAAAUUUUUCAACCUUAUGCAUGUGAGCGUACGUUUGAAAGAUAUUACGAGCGAUGAUACGGCUAUCGAUUAGAGAAAAAUUAUUUUUCACUUUAUUGCAAAAAAAAAAGAAGAAGGAACGAAAGGAGAAAAGACAGAAAAUAAUGUUUUUUGCGAAGUAACUUUAUUUUUUUACGCAGGCGCGUCUGACCAAAGCGCAAUUCGGUGACAGAAUUGCGUCGCUUCCUAUUCAGAAGCUCAAAACCUCGAUCGUUCGUGCACAAAAGGAACGAUCGAGCUAAAUCAGUAUUGAUCUACUGUCAUUCGAACAAAGUAACACAAGUAAAAAGAAACUUUUUUUUAUUAUUAACAUUUGUAUCUCCGCAGUCAACACCUUCAAUUGACGUAAUACUUUGUAAUUUCUCUUUUUAGUUCGUGACUCUCACGAGCUAUGGAAAAUAUAAUAGAGGGAACAGAAAGUCUUUAAUCGAAGUUCCUAGAACCGUUGUAAAUAAGACUCUGGGCUUGCGAAGCCCUCUGCGUUGAAAAAAUAACCUGUUGUCGAAGAUUCCUGCUGGAAGGGGAAUCAAAUGGGUGAAUAAAAAAGGAACCGCGUUGCUCAUUGGUUUCGUUGUUUUUCCAAAUAUGAAAGGUAUUGUUUGUUUGAAUAGACGCCAAAUUGAAUUUAAUAUAUUUUUUAAAAAAACUGCUGUAAUUGAGAAGAAAAAAAUAUUGGUGGCUCCGUAUUCAUAGCUUAUAUGCGAUCGAUCCUUGUACUUAACGAACAGAGAACAAGGUCUCAUGUUUUCCAGCGGUAAAGCAAGUUAAAAUUUUUGGCGCGACGUGUGACCACCACGUUUUGUAAAUAAACUAUGAUAUUCCCUA